GUCACAGCUUUCACCAGCAUUGCCGAAACGCUGCGCUCUCUCUAUUCUACUCUCUGGCCGAAUUCGUCUCGUCGUCACGCCUCGGCCGAAUCGGCGCCUCUGACGCCGACGAUCGGCAGCUAAGUCGUAUUCGACUAUGCGGCAAAGAUGUUGCGAGAACUUGUCAAGUGGGUCCUGAACAACUACCUGAGCAACUACGUCGAAAACCUCAGCGUAGACCAACUCAGCGUUGCCCUUCUUCAGGGUGAGGUCGAGUUGGAAAAUGUGCCGCUGCGGAAAGAUGCCUUCCACAAUCUCCGCCUACCCGUGUGCAUCACUGCGGGCCAGAUCGGCACCAUCCGACUGCAGAUUCCGGUCAGCAGCAUUCGGACAGCGCCCUGGGUCAUCAUCAUUGAGAAGCUUUACCUCACAGCCUCGCCCUACAAGACUGACGAAAUUGAUCCAAAAUUUGAGGAGCAGCUCAUCCAUGAUGACAAACUGCGUCGUCUGGACACUUUGGAGGCUAUUUGGAGGGCUGAGCACCAGACUGAGGUUUCUGGAGCCAGUUCCAGUUUCUAUUCCUCCAGUUGCGGCUCGUGGAUAAGUUUCACUUCGGGAUUGGUUAGCAAUAUUGUCGAAAAUGUCCAGCUCAAAAUCAAGGAUGUGCACAUCAGGUACGAAGAUGACGCCUCUGUGCCUGGCACAGUGGUGGCCGCGGGCUUGACAGUGCGAGCUCUUACAGCCAACACUUGCAACUCUUCCUGGACACCAGGUUAUGUUCCUCUGGAUGCAUCUGCGGAUGCUUUCAAGUUGGUAGAAUUGACGGACGCAGCAGUUUACUGGGACACCAAUGCCACUACUUAUGGAAAUCUUCCACUUAAUCUUUUUUCAGCUGCAAUGCAGACGGCAAUGCAAGCAAGCAAACCAGACAGCUUUAUAUUGUCACCAGUCAGCGCUCAGGCACGCCUCAAACGGAACCGUUCAGAGCUUCCCCUAAGGUCACGCAACCAGCCAAGAAUAGCCUGUGACCUCAUGCUUGAGACUAUUCAAUUUGCCGUUACUGAUGUUCAAUAUGCCCAAAUGGUGGGCUGCUCACGAGGCCUGGAGGCUAUCAGUCUGCAGCGUGAAGCAUUGGUUGGACAGACCAGUUGUCCCCGAAAUGAUGUUCAAGCACUUUGGCGCUGGGCGUUCUGGCGUGCCUUGAGCCUCGGAAGGGUCAGCGAGCGCUACAUUGAGGUUUACACUCAGUACCUUUUGAUGCCUAACAGCUUCAGUCCAGAAGCCAAAUUACUCAAAGAAACAAUAGAAAUGAGGUAUGGCUAUGAAGCUCUAAGAGAAUUGAGAGAAACAGCUAUGCAAAUUGCUGCCGCCAAACUAGUCGACAUUGAAACUAAAGGCUGGAGUGUGCCCGGUGCAGGAGUUUUGUUGCAGUGGUUCCCUUUGUGGACUGGUUGGUACUCAACUCCUGCUCUGCCAGACCAACCUUUAAAAUCUCCAGAUGAGUCACAAAGAUUAGAGGACGAACUACUUCAUGCUUUGAGCGAUUCCGUUGAAAGUAGUUCCAUUCUUAAGAGAGAUGCUGUUUUUUCAAUUAGUACCCUGACUAUCAAGCAGGGCAGCUUCAAGCUUCUUUCAAGCACAAAACCAUCAACAGACACAAUGGAAGAGGAUGAAAGUGAUAGUAAAAGUGUGAUAAACUAUCCUGUUAUGGACUUGGAGGUUGAAGCGCUGAAAGUUCAGUUGGAGUCUCGACCUCGACUCAACUCCCAAUGCUUUAGCCUGAGUGUGGGUGGCAUCUACCUGAAGGACUGUCUGACGCGCAACUCCUUGUAUCCUAUGGUUGUGGAGCCUCUUCGAACAGCCAAGGCCAAGAGUGCCACAACAGAGCCUCUUUUCUCUCUUAUGUACGAGACUAAGCCAUUUGGCAGCCGCCUUGACCACCGACUUCAUAUCGACACGCGUUGCUUGACUGUUGUCUACAACCCUGGGGUGGCCAAAGCCAUCUCUGACUUCUUCAUCAGGCCCCAAUCACAAGAGCCACUACUGCACCUUGGACAAGCAGCUAGAAGGAGGUAUGAGCAAAUGAAGAAAAAGACAAAGGAGCGGCUGAUGCAGAACUGGGAGCAGAUGCUAGAGGGAAAUGAACGCAUUCGUCAACGAUGGGAGUUGAAAUUGAACAUCUCCGCUCCUCAACUUCUCUUGGUGGAAAACUUCACCGACAAAAGUGCAACUGUGGUUCUGCUUGACCUUGGCCGGCUUAGUGUGCGAAAUUUGCAUGAGCAGGAAGCACCAACACCGGCUCUGUCACAGAGACAGGGCUCUUCAGAGUCAGAUGAGGACUUCCACACACCUUGCUCAUCUCCUCAGGCAGUGGAGGAAGAGCCCAAGGGACUUUCCCUAGAUUUAGCAACCGAGUUAGCAUUGCAGUCGCGCGUCUAUGACCGCUACAGCAUCGAAUUAGGCGACACCCAGAUCCUUGUCGGCCGCACCAGGGACAACCUGAGGCACGCCCAUCUCAGAGGCUCCUCAUCAGGACUUCACGUUCUUGACAAAUUCAACAUCUCGGUUCAGUUGGAGCGACGAGCCUUGCCCUCGUGUGACCCAAAUUUGCCUUCACUCAAGGUUUCUGGCAACUUGCCAAAGUUGGUUGUGCAUGUCAACGAGCAGAAGGUCACCACCAUGAGGCGGAUGGUGCGUCACAUGCUGGGCGAAGGUCUGCCCUCACCCUUCCGGCCGCCAGAGUCACCCAUUGAGAACCGAAAUCUCCCAUCAGCAGAGGCUGGAAAAGACAUGUCACCAGACACUGCUUAUCUGUGUGUGUUCCGCUUCUGCAUUGAUGACAUGUCUUUGGAAGUGCAGUCCAGAGGCCGAUCGGUAGCAGAAUUGCAAGUUCGAGGCGUUCGCGCAGGACUUGUCCUCCGCCCUCUAGAGACCAGUGUCUCUCUCAGCAUUCACAGUCUGCUGCUGGUGGACGCAAUGCAGACCUAUGGCAAUGACUUUGACUUGUUGCUUGCCAGCCACCAGCGCGUCGGCAUGGAUAGUGUCAGCGGAAGUCUCUUUGACAGCGAACCCACUAGUCCCACGUCCCCUGCAUCACCAAAUCUGUCAGCUGGGCGUUUUGGUCCUGCCACCUCACCACACGCCCUCACACAGGCCCUUUCCACGCUGCAGUUCUUGCGCGCCACUUCUCCAAAUCCCGCCACCGUGGAACUUGAAGGGGACGCGCUUAUCGUUGUUGAGCUCGUCUGGUUAGAUGAGCUUCCAGAAGAAGAGGGCAAGUGUAUAGCCACAGUGCACUUUAACUGCUUGGAUGUGAUUGCCAAUCAAGAGACUAUUGUUGAGCUGGUUGGCUUUGUUAAGCGUCUUUUUCCUGAAGGUCAUUCGUCAGCAACAAAUUUCGGCACAUCCAUCGACAACUUAACUGGCGUUACGUCUAAAGUUGAUCUCAAUUUUGAUUUCCAACGGCUGAAUGUUCUUCUGUUGAGGGCUGUCAUGAAUGAAAACCACCAACCUCAAGCUAGAAAAAUCGCUACUGCCACUUUGACAGAGGCGAAAAUUCAGGCAACAGUUGGCGCUGAACUCAGCGUCAAAGGUUCUCUUGGUGGACUUCAGAUCUUGGAUCUUACUCCAGAAGGCCAGAAGCACCAACGUAUCUUGAGUUUAGGACACGACCCACUUGCUGAGAGUCACCCUGACCACAGGACGGAAGUUCUACGUCGCCUGAACGCGGAGCUGAGCAGUAUGUACCAGCAACAAAGUGGUUGCGCCUCGUCAUCCAUCACAGAGGAAGACUCCGAGGCUUUCAUGUUCAGUGUUACUCGGAAUGCCGACGGACGUACAUCUGUUGGCUUGCGCAUGGCCUCGGUUUGGUUCACACACUCUCCACGACUUCUCCUUGAAUUGCAGUCUUGCGCCACUGAAUUCAAGCAGUAUGUGUCGAAACUCGCCCGGUCUAUACGAUCGGCAGCUGCCGAAAUGGCCAUAGGUCUGAUGCACGUUCACGCACGCGUCGACCCAGCUUCGGAAAGAGGAAGCAGACUUUCUUUGGCCACUUUGGAAAUGUCUCCUCAGCGUCGUCGCCGCAGAAGCAUGUCUCAAUCCCUGGAGCUGCUGGAAAACAAGCUCAACACACCCUUCACACCAGAUGAGGAGCCGAAUGAUAUAAUGCUGGACACUCGACUGGAUAUUGUCCUCGAGUCGCCAGUAAUUGUCCUCCCCCGAGCUGCAAACUCGGGAGACGUCUUGGUUGCCCAUCUGGGUAAAAUCACUCUGAAAGAUGACGCCGAGCCGGAAGCAGAUGGGCGCAGUCCUGACUCUGACAUCUGUGGUCAUUAUUGCUGGGGCAUUGUUCGCCGUAGGGCAAAGUAUAAUCUAGAAAUUAGAGACAUGAAUCUAGCAUCUCUCAACAUUGACCACCGGAGGAAAGCGCCUGAAAACCCUGGUGAGACGCUUCUCCAGCGAGCAGAUGUCUUGUACUCUUGCAAAGAGGACGCUUUGCCUAUCCUGCAUAAUACUGUGAUUAAACUGGCCAUCGAAAUUGAACGAGGCCGAUGUGUGAUGAAACCUACCGAAAGUUUACCAUCACUUCUUCUUGACCAGAGCAUGGACUUUUUGGAUGUAGAUAGUGAGGACACAAUUCAGAUUCGCGGCUCUGUUGUUCAAGACCUGAAGCUUUCCCUCUCUCGAGCACAAUAUGAGCAAUUGCUGGACAGCCUAGAGCAAAUUGCUGUGCAUGAACCAGAAACACCACGAGCCCAUGACAGACCACCUGAAUCCUUCCUAACGCUUGACCCAAGCAUGAAGGCUCGCCUGACAACUCCUCUUGAACCAAAGCAUUUAAGUAGGACCCGAGUAGAUGUCCUGUUUGAGUUACCAGCACUGGGAGUUACUCUUCGUGGACAAUACCGUGGUGACGAGCGACCAGUGGCCGAAAUCGGACUUCGUGACCUGAGAGUCCAAUACUUAAAGACAGAAGCACAUGAAACAUCUUUGGAAGUUUCUCUAAGGGCCCUUCUUGUGGAGGAUCUUUUGCAAGCGCCUGAGUCUCCCCACCGAAUGCUUGUAGUCUCGCAGUUUGUGCCCCAGGAAGAGCCAAUUGAGCCUCGAAAGGCCAAUGUCUCGCGCUCAUGCCCAGACCUGUCAUCUUCUUUGUUAGAUGCGUUUGACUCUGUCAAGGGUUCUCUUCCUGACUUACUUGAAACAAGUGUCCUCUAUGGAGCGCCAAAAAAACAGCAACCAGAGAGUAACUGCCCUUGCACUCCUCCUCCAUCACCAAGAAGAACAAUGGCGUCCCCUGUUCAGGACAACCUAGUCCAUGUUGAUGUUCGAUUCAUUGACCCCAAAUGUCCAGAGUUCUUCAGCAAGCACAAAGGCGUACAACAAUACAUGGAUGUCAACUUCAACUGUCUGGAUCUGAUUGUCAAUAUUGAGUCCUGGGUGGUGAUUUUAGAUUUCUUUGGAUUAGGCCCUGAGACUGAGGGUAGCGCUGCCAAGCGUCAGACACCAGCUAAGCGUUCAGACCGCCCUCAACGUUCUGGAGAUGGACGAAACUCUCUUUUGAACAUUCGAGUUCGCUCCUUGACGCUGGUACUUGUAAAAACAUCUGGCGGGGAACUGGCUAGGGCUAAUGCCUCUCACCUGAUCGCGCGCGUCGAACGUCGCGGUCCAGAUAGUACCACCACAGGCAAGCUUGGCAAACUAUCCCUGAUGGAUGCCAGUCCCCAUGGCCGCCUCUACAGGGAACGUUUCAUAAGUUCGGGAGGUGAAGCGCUCGACUUCACCAUAAUCAAUUACGGAACACCAGACCCAACACUUCGACGGGAGUGUGAUGCCCAAGUACGCCUUCAAAUGAGCUCCGUCUUUUAUGUGCACACGCAACGUUUUGUCGAAGAACUCAAGAUCUUAUGGAAUCACUUCAGCCUUCUCCAAACACUAAUGUCUAGACUUCGCGAGGCCACUGCUGGCUUCACAGAUGAUGAACCAAGUUCGAGAGGCCGGAGAAUUCUCUGGGAUAUCCAAGCAGGAUCACCAGUUAUUCUUUUGCCACUAAGUUCCAGGUCUACCAAAGUCUUGAUGGCAGACCUGGGUGAACUUACUGUGAAAAAUGGUUUCCGUCUCCACUCUGAUUGUCUCCUAGACGUCAUGGACGUCAACCUGAUCAACAUGGACAUUGUGGCUAGUCACCGGCUGACAUCAUACAGCGGUGCUGACAUGAACAGCGCCAAGUUCCGCGUCGGCAACACCUGGUUUGAGAAAGUUGGCGUUUCGCUUCUCUCCGAAGCUAAGUGUCAGUUGUGUCUGCGAGUUGAAAGGAAUCUUGACUCACUGACAGCCCAUCCGGUUCCGGACUUAAGCGUGCAGGGAACUCUCUCUGGUCUGCACGCGUCCAUCGGCGUUGAGCAGCUGCGACUUAUCAAAGGCCUGCUUGCCCACAACAUUGGUGAAAAUCUUGACGAGCUUGACUAUCUUCUGGCUCCAACUCCACCAGGCGGAGCGCCUCUUGACACAGAGCAGGUCUGGGUGUCUACUAGUUUGAAACUUGAUCUCCGAGAUGUGCUUGUGGCACUACAACAACCUGAUGGACCACUGGCGUUGAUCAAUUUUGUCAAAUGCCAGCUUGUGGUCGAGAGCCGAUCUGACGGAGCUCGAGACAUUGACUUGGUCUCUAAAGAGAUUUUAAUCACAGACCAACGCUUCCAGUCUCGUCCUGUUAACAAAAGGCCAAAUGUUUUCAACAACAUUCUCUUGCCAGUAGACGCAGAACGCAGAUCUAGUCAAGUUCAAGCCGAAAUUCAUCACCGUCGUACUGCAUGUGACGGGGCCCGCUUCACCAUCCUGCUGAACAACAUGCGACUAAUGCUCAUCCUCGACUGGUGGCGAUUGGUCCGUGACUUUAUCAGUGCAGAGCCUGAUGAGCUCGAGUUUGCGUCGCCAUCAGCUGCGGCUCCUGCAACAGUCCAGCCUGCAGAGGAGCCUUAUGAACUUACACUCAACAUCACCGACUCAGACGUUGUUUUAGUUGAGGACUGCUCACGCUGGGAGACAAACGCACUCAUUCUGAAGAGCACAACUGUUGUAUCCUAUCGACCCAGUUGCGCCGAUCGGCCUCUUACAUGCAACCUGAAUAGAUGUGAACUGCUUUACUGCAUUCUAGGAGAUGAGCAAGAAUCGGCCGUGUCCAUAAUUGACCCAGUCACUGUAAAUCUAGACCUGGUGCACACGGAAGAUGGUGUUGGCAUCCUCGAUGUCACCCUUCAAACGCUCAGCCUGCGGCUUUCCUACCGAGAUGCCAGGGCCUUCUCACAGUUGCUGAGUGCAGUUGGAGGACGUGACCGUAGCAAUUCAAUUGCGGAUGAGGGACCUAAGAACAUUCUACAAAGCGUGGAGCGGCUGUGCGCCAUGGGUUUCUCUGCCGAAGAUUGUGCCGACGCCCUGGACCGAUGUGGAGGACGAAUGGACGACGCUGCCCUUUGGCUGACACAACACGCGAAACACACAUAUUCCCCAUCGCCAGAAUCCCCAUCUCACUCGUCAGAAGGACUGCUGAAGUUCAGGCAAAUUGAGUUGAAAACACACCUGCUGAGCGUCUGCAUCAUUGAUGACUGCCAAGAUGCAGAUGUGCCUCUUUUGGAGUUGAGUCUUGCCCAGUUAAGCAUGAAACAGCUUCUGGGUACAAGACGAACGCUCGACGGAGGUCACAUGGAGUGCCACUUGGCCGUGGAUUAUUACAACAGACUCCUUUCUGGUUGGGAGCCGCUGGUUGAGCCGUGGAGAGCCAAAUUCUCAUGGGAGUGGCAAGAGCUGGUUCCAGUGCCCUUCUUCCGCCUGCAUGUUGAUGCAGACAACGUGCUGGCCCUCAACGUAACAGACUCACUGGUUUCCCUGGUACACGCUGUCAAGGACACCUGGACACAAGAUUUGAAUACUGAAGGCGUUGUUGUGACGCAGCAGCAGCCCCGAAAGCGUCGCUCUCCCUUUGUGCCCUACCAACUUUUGAAUGACACUGGUUCUGAUUUGUGGUUCACCACCAAUGUCAGAAUGGCUGACGCGUAUGAUCCUCUGGGACAAGAGCACCCACAGCAGACAAAUGAGGGAUGGACUCUGGUGAUGGCCGGAGAAAAGAUUCCAUUUGAUUUUGAACGACAGGCGCGCAAACUGCGUCACAGAAACUCUCACGAACUACGAGUACAUCAGGUUCGAGUCCGCAUUGCUGGCUGGCGACCCAUUCAGCCUGUGUCUGUUGACCGUGUCGGCGUUUACUUCCGACACGCCCAGCCUGAUUUGGACGACGCCUCUGUAGGGCAGCUGCCGUCAGCAAGAGUUGUCUUCCAGGUCACUCUGGAAGGGUGCGCCCGUAAGGUGGUGACUGUCAGGUCAGCGUUGCUCCUCUUGAACCGGCUGCCCAUUGAAGUGGAGCUAUGCGCUGAGCAAAAAAGACAAAGGAUUGCACCCAAUGCUACCUUGGCAGUGCCCAUGAUGUUGGUUCACUCCACCUUGAAAGUGAGGCCCCUGCAACAAGAGCAUUUUGAGCUCAGUGCUUCUCUGCAAUGGAGCCAUGUUUCCGAUCCAGGUUCUGUACAGGAGGAGAGCUAUGUCUGUCGCAGUACCCGAUCUCAUCACUCUGAUGAUGGAUUCAGAUUCACAUUAGCAGUACAGCGAGAGUUGUACCCUCCUGAAAAACAAUAUCCACAGUGGACUAAACACCGCAGUCUCACCUAUAUGUACCCUCAGCCAGCUCACACACUCAUUCUGCUGAGCCCAAUUAUUGUGAACAAUCUCUUGCCCCAUGAGCUAGAGUGCAAAGUUCGUUCUGCGCCUAGCCAUAAGCUAAGCAUUGCUGCCGGCACGUCGGCUGCACUUAAUUUUGUUGACAUCUCGGAGUCGCAAUCACUGCACUUUCUCUUGGACAACUUCACUGCUUCUGGGCAGCUUGAGCUGCAGCCAUAUGGUGGAUCAUCCAGGCAGGCCAACCUCUUCCUCACUGACCCUCAAGGAAGGGUUUUAGUUUUGCAUGCUCGAAUAAGAGUUUGCAUUGGACGUGGUUGUGAGGUGGACAUCAGUGCCCCUUACUGGCUGAUCAACCGGACAGGCCUGCCUGUUGUACUUAAACAAGAGGGCGCCUCUCAAGAGGCCGCUGGGCAGGGCAUGGAGCACGAGUUGGCCCGCAUGGUUGCGCCCCUCAUAUUCUCCCUCUCUGACCCUGAGCAAGAGGGCACUGGUUUCACCAUUCGUCUCGGCACUGGCCUUCGACAGGGUAGUCGACCAGACUGGUCAAAGCCCCUGCUGCCUCGACGGGACGUGCAACUGGUGCAACUUCGUCUCGGCACUGCCAACCGUCCCGAUGAGUUGUACGAACUGGGCGUGAGCACUAAACCUGGUCGAGGUCGCUACAGACGCACAACCAUGGUGCAUCUUGCGCCUCGGUACCUUUUGCACAACAAGUCAAGCCGCCAGCUCGAGUUUGCGCAAAGCUUCUUGGCCACAACUGUGACUGACCUUUAUGCUGACGCAUCUCAUGUGCAACUUGUCCCUGGUUGCUGUGUCCCUUUUCACUGGCCCAAACUGGACAAGGAGCACCGCUUGUGCGUUCGAAUGCCAGAAGUAUUCGAAUGCAGUUGGUCUGGUUCGUUUUACAUAAAUCGUACGGCGCUGUUCCAUCUGAACGUGCGUGACCGCUCUGGCCGAAUGAACUUCCUCAGUGUUGAGGUGACUGAGCAGGAAGCAUCUUUUGUCAUCGUUUUCUCAGAUGUCUCCAUGCCCUCACCUGUUCGCGUUGACAACUUCUCGGAAGUGCCAAUCAACUUUUACCAGGGAGGUGCUCGGGUACAGCAAACAGUGGUCAGACCACAUUGCUGUCUACCUUACACAUGGGACGAGCCACUGGUGCCCCACAAGUUGACUUGCAUCGCUCCAGGCGGCAACGAGGCCACCUUGGACCUCGGGCAGCUCGAUUUACGCGGCGAACUGACCUACGACAACUUUAUCUAUGUAGCCAUGACGUGGACCUUCCCUCCGGCAGAUGCUGACGCCAGAAUUGAGCCUCAAUGCCAACAGCUGGUUCUCGACGUGCCUGAGGGAAAUCGAGUUGUGCUUCGCAAGAAAGAGCACGGCUGUCGCUCCCAACUCUGGCGCCUCACAGCCGACGGCCACCUCCAACACGAGGGCAGUGGCCCCCCUAGAGACCCACGAAAGCUCAACGACCCUUUCCACCAGUCACUGGUAUUGGACAUUGCUGGACCGGCACCCCAACCAUCGCAAUAUGUGCCUCUGGUUAUCAGGCGGCCAGAACCCAGGCGACAGUCGACCCAAACUUGGCGAUUUACAGAAGAUGGACGCCUACGUUGUGCUCACAACAGCAUGUGUGUCCAAGCCAAGGAUGGAUUCUUUGGCCUCAGGAGGGGCAAUGGGCUUGAUGCUGCUGGACCUUGGCAAAUGUGGAGUGAAGUUGUCCUUGGGCCGCCACAACCGAUUUGUCACCAAAAAACGGAUGACGGUGUGCCCGUUGAGCAGGCUGUUGCACCACAAAAGCUGCGUCCUGGCUCUGGGGUGCUUGUCUUGAGGGUAUAUGCUGAUGGACCGACCAGAGUACUUGAAAUCGCAGAUAAGAAGCUCAGGCGAACUUUCUCCCUCCCCCGUCAGCGAGAUUGGAGUCCAGUGUUUUUCACCCGAUGGGGCAGUCCAGCGUCCCAAGAUUCCAUCCAAGAGUCCACCUCUGGAGUGGAAGAAACUGCUGAGGACUGGGGCUUUUGUGUGCAAGUACGUCUUACCGGCGGCCUCGGGGUCAGUCUGAUCGACACCAACAUUCGAGAAGAACUCGCCUUUUGCCUGCUCGAGUGUCUCAGCGUCCGAGUGAGCGCCCAAAGGAAUGUCCACCGUCUGGAGGCGUCGGUGCUCAACAUCCACGUGGACAACCAGAUGCUGCAGGCUCAGUGUCCGGUGGUUGCGUUUGUGCCCAGCUUUGUCCGCUCCGAGGACACCUCGGCCUGCAUUCCUGUUGUCGAAGUUACCGCGGAGCGCAUCGCGGCCACCAAUCACAAUAUUGACACCAUCAAGAAUGCGGCCAUCAUCAUUCGCAACUUGAACCUGACCAUUGAAGAAGAACAGUUGCUGCUUGUUUUGUCGCUCUUUGGCCUGGGAGUGCCAGAGACGGAGCCAAAUUCAACAGCCACAGCUGCUGGGGCCGAAGGUGGAGACCUCGAGGCUCAAAGAGGACUGACGGCUCUGGCUGAACAAAGAAUGGCUGCACAAAGAUAUUUCUUCUCAAGGUUCUUUGUCGCCUUCACAAAUAUUCGAUUGAGCGCUGUGACUACAAACAAUUUACCGCCAAGACUAAAACACAUCAAGCGUCGAAUAGGACUGACUUUGAUCAAGUUUGAAGACGCUGGUGUUGAGCUCUCACCCUUCCACAUUGAGCAUGAGCUUCUCAGCCAACCAGCCUUGCUUGACGAGUUGACCAAACACUUCCAAGCUGCACUCCGCGGUCAGUUACCAAUAAUUUUAUUCUCCUCCGACAUCUUUGGCGGCGCCACUGGUCUUGUGUCCAACGUGACUGAGGGGGUUGUGGGAGUUCUGUGCGACCCUGGUGUUAAAAGUGUAGGAGGCCUUGUGAAGAAUGUCACCCACGGCUUGUCUAGCUCAACAGCCAAGGUUACGGGGUCAUUGAGUGAUGGUGUGAGUUGGGUGGCUUUGGACGAGUACCACGAAGAGUGCAGACAACGCAUCAGACGUCGCCCACCAGCUCAAACAACCUCCUGGGAACAUGUCAAGGUCGGACUUCGCAGUCUCGGCUUUGGUUUUCUCGGAGGUGCCACCAGCAUCUUUACUCAGGCCUAUGAAGGUGCCGCCACUGAAGGAACAUCGGGUUUGAUUUAUGGCUUGGGAAGAGGACUUGUGGGGACAGUAACAAAGCCUGUUAUGGGAUCAUUGGACUUUGUGAGCGACAUUGCCAGCGCUGUCAGCAACUCCAGUAGAAGUUCGAGCCACUACCAACCAAGUCGGUUUCGUCUUCCUCGCUGCAUUGUGGGCCCUGGAGGUCUGCUGCCCGUCUACUCGCACAAACAAAGUGAAGGCCAGCAGUUUCUGCACCAAAUCAACAACAACUUGUUCCUUGAAAUAUUCAUGGCUUACGAACUGCUUCGUUCAGGCACGGAGGACCUCAGGGUGAUUGUGUCCAGUGAGGCGGUCAGGGUCUUCACCACCAGCACCAACGGCUCAUGUGCUAUUGUGGUCAAAGUUCACUUGGGGGAGCUACAAAACUGCCGCCCCAUUCAAGAGACUGACGCAAACAACCCAUCCCGCGUUUUGCAUUAUGUGGAGUUGUCGGAACAAGUUGAAGGCAACAAGGAUGACGAAGAGCCUCAAAUGCGGAGACCAAGGGUCAGAUGUGACACAGAGGAAACCUCUAAAUGGGUAUCACAGCAGAUCAUUUUUGCUAAAGGCAUGUACGAGGAGAGGAUUCGCACCCUGGCCACUCUUCCAGAUUUGGACGACUGAAAUAAUUUUUUUCCCGAAAUUGGACCAAAGAUUUAGAACGUCAAUGAGCUCAGGAAAAUUGAAGGAGAAUGGUGAAAUCAAUAAUUUAAUGGAAUUGUGAGAGUAAUUUUUCUUUGUUAGUUUUUAUUUAUAGAGACCAUGAAUCAGAGCAAGUUUAGCAUCUUGCUCUAAGGCUGUGUUAAUAAGAAGGUUGAAAUAUCAAUAACGUUGAAUUUUGUUAGACAGAAUAAUGCUUUUUGUGCAUAUUGAUAGUGUGAUUAAUGUAAUAAUUUAGUGAAAUAAUGAGGCUAUAGUAAUAAAAGCAAAUGUUUAUUUUC